AUGUACAUAUUCAACAAGGUUGCAAAACUUAUACCAAAACUCAAGGACAAAGAUGUAAAAAACUAUUAUGUUGCUAUCAAAAUAGCAGAAAGCGGGACUUUUAUAAAACAAGAGGAAAAAUUAAGAAAAGCUGUUCAUGCUUAUAAUGUUAGGUCAAGUCAGCAAAAACGAGAGCUUGCCUCGGUAUUUGAAAGUAUAAUGGGUGAUUUCUUGCAUACUAAUUGGAAUGCAAUCCAGAAUGCUGCAAGGAAAGAUGGAGAUUCCGUUGAAAUGCAAGAGCAAGAGAAACAGCAAGAACAGGAGCAAGAACAUGUAAAUAACAAGACAGAUACUAGUGUAUUACGUCAACUUAUAGAGACCGAAAACUCAACUGUUUCAACAGAGACGAAUAAUACGAUAUUAACUAGGGCAGACUUUCCACAAAGACCAAAGAAUGUUAAAGGUCAACCAUACAAAAAAGCAUUAUACAACUACAAUGCUAUUUCCGGAACACGAAGUAUGCGUUUGCCCCUUAGAUUUUCCCUUAGUCGACGAUUUUACUAUUUCUUGCAAUUGCAGAAAUAUUUGAAGGAGAAUAAUUUGCGCAAUUCCAAUCAAGUGGAACAAGAUCAAGAGUCAGAACUGGACAAGAGGAAUAUUACUUAUAAGGAGAAGCAGCAAUUACUCAAAAAGAUUGGUAAAUCGUUCAGCAAAGUUGACUAUAAUACACAGAUGUCGCUCUGGCUCAAGUAUGAAAACAAUAUCUUAUUUGGGUACGACUUAGACAAGGAAUAUAAUCUAGUCACUGUAGAUCAAAAGAUGGGAUAUGGUACAGUUAAUUUUUUUCCCUUUGGAGACAAAGACCCCGAGUUAAGAGAAGCUAUGGCGAGAAAGGGAGCAAGGUUAAGUAAAGAUUUGGGAAUGAAGAUUAUAAUCAACGAAUUUACUGGCAAAGUUUCGGUGCUUGGAAUGACCAAGGCUCAUUUGUGGAACUACUUUUUGGGGCGAGAAUUUAGCAAGGUGAGGCCAAAGUUGCAAAUAAUCACUAGCGAGGAUCAGAAAGUGGAUCUCUUUUAUGGCCAAGUACUUCGCGAAAUUGAAAUUCAAUGGAGAGAAAUGAGCAAGACUGACUAUUCAGAACUAGAAAAAGAGUAUAUGCGGCUUUUAGAGCUACAAAAGGAUAUAUACGGAGGUCACAUUGUUGACAUUGAAUUUAAACAGAGGGCCAUUGGUCGGAACCCGGCAUAUGAUAUUAGAUACAUUAGAGGCGAAGUGGAAUGUUGGGAUGGUCAUUUGAUUCCAAGUGGGACAAGGACUAGCCACAGAGUUCCCGAAGUAUCUUUUUUAAGGUUUGUCAGGAAUCAAACUGUGGGGAAUUAUACAAUCAUUGGGGAACUUAAUAGAGACCAUGUGUGGAACUAUUUUGUGUAUAAAUCGAGUAAGCAACAUCAAAAAGAGAUCUUUGAGUUUCAAAAGGAGUGGAAGUGUAUGAAUGAGACUCAGAAACAACAGAUUGAAUCCGAGUAUAGGGAGUUGUUGCUAUCAGGAUAUGAUAUAUUUAUGGGGAAGAAAGUUACCCAUGAACAGAAACUGCAGCUUGCCAAAAGUUUUACAAAAGAAAUGAAGAAGGAAUACCUUGUUGAGGUUUGGGGUCAAUGGGUUAUCACCAAUAGGCAUUCUAGGAAACCACUGAUACCACCACUCUCCACUCUCUUGGAUGUUUCUCUGGGUAGGACAAAAUUGGUAGAAUCUGUUCUGGAAGUUCAUGCGUACAAUUGCUUUUUAGCCAAGAGAAUCGAUGAAAUGAAGAAGGAGAAGGUUAAUGUUGAGCUGAAAAUAUCAGUAGAGAUGGGCAAGGCUAUUGAGCAUUUGCAAGCCGAAUGGAUUGCAAAAUCAUCCCAUGAGAAAGAAGACAUAAGACAGGAGUAUUUGAGACUCGUUGAAUCUGGUAAGGACUAUUUGUAUGGGGAGAUAGUACCAAUUAUGGAAAAAAAUGAACAUUUGUACAAGAUUCGAGAGUUAACUGGCACGGGCAGCAAUGUGGUCUUUUUGGUCAAGGAGCCGGCACUGUCAGGUGUUAAAGAAAAGCCUAGUAUUUCAGUUGGUGCAAAAGACAAUAGGACAAAUGCAGUGUUGGGGACCGAGGUAGAGCAGAAGGGGGAAUAUAGGGAGAGAGGAGCCGUAGUCGAAGUCGAAGCCGAAGCCGAAGCCGAAGCAGAAUCAGAAUCAGAAUCAGAAUCAGAAUCAGAAUCAAAAUCAGAAUUAAAAUCAGGAUCAGAAACAGAAGCCAAAAGGUAUUAUCAAUUUGCUCGUAGAAAUUAUGAUAACGAAGCAGAUAUUGAUUUGAUUGAACAAGAAUGGAAUGAAAUGAGCCAAGAAGAAAAAGACGAGGUUCAGGAGUCAUAUGAGUUGAUGAAAGUGGCUGGCAAGCAUUUGGUAGAGGGAGAGAUGGUUGAUAUCAAUUGA